AUGGUAUCAGAGCAAGGUUGCAUUGAAAGAACUUGGGAGAUUUGGAAGCCGAUUUUCGCAGAGAAGGAAAGUUUAAAGAAGAACCUCAAAGUUGGUGGCGUUGACAAGAAAGUUGCAGAACACAUGGCUGGAAUGAGGAGCAUCAUACAGGGAGGAUUGCCAGUAUUUGACGGCAAGUUGUUUGACGAAUGGAAAAUCAAGAUGCUGGCAGUGUUUGGUUUUCAAGAAGUGGCAGAAAUUAUUCAAGAAGGCAUAGUAGAAUUGGGCAGCAAGGCAACAGAAGAUGAAAAGAAGUACUUCAAGCAACAACAAAAAUUGGAUAGCAAAGCUCGAUUCUUGCUAUACCAAUGCGUCAGUUCCAAGAUUUUUAACAAGAUAUGUAAGGCUACAACAGCCAAGGAGAUAUGGGAAAUCCUGUUAAAAACCUAUGGUGAUGGAGAUAAACAUAAGAAAGUGAAGCUACAAGCGUUGCGAAGGAGAUUUGAAUUUCUUGUAAUGGAAGAAAAUGAAUCUGUUGCAGAUAAACAGAUUGCUCACAAGAUUCUACGGUCCCUCCCCUCCAAAUUUGAUCAUUUGGUGAUAACAAUUGAAGAAGCCAAAGAUCUGGAAACACUAGAACUAGAAGAGCUUCAACAUUUAUUGGAAGUACAUGAGUUUAGAAGAAGUGAAAGGAAACUUACUCAUGAUCAGGCCUACAGGCCAGAACUGAUUACAGAGGGAAGUUCAAAGGGGAAAAGAAAGACAGAAAGCAAUGGAAGGGGAACAAGAAUCAAGAAGGUGAAUCUGAGGAAUCUGGGAAAGAGAAUAGUGAUAAAGCAGGAGAGUCCACUUGGAAUAAAACGUGGAAGAUGGAGUGAAAAACAACCAAAGAAUCAGGCUAAUCUGGCGCAAGAUGAAGGAUCUGACUCAAAGGCAGUGAUGUUGAUGGCUCAGACAUGUUUAGACCUGAAAGAAGAAGCUUCUUGGUACUUAGACUCAGGUUGUUCUUCACAUAUGAUUGGGAGAAAAGAUUGGUUUGUGAAAAUGGAGGAAGCUACUCAUGGCAAAAUUCGUUUCGCUGAUAACAGUAGUUUGACUGCACAGGGAACUGGGAGAGUUGUGUUGAGAGAUGAAGAUGGCAAAGAAGUGGUUCUUGAGGAUCUGUUAUUUGUUCCAGGUUUGAAAACAAAUUUGUUGAGUUUAGAUCAACUGCCGCAGAAAGGAUUUGUUAUGACAAAGAAGGAUAAUUGCUUGAAUGUAUUUGAUCAAUCAAAUAGACUCAUCAUACAAUCCAACUUGUCUAAGAACAGAACGUUUAGAGUGGGAAUGAAUGCUUUGAAGCAUCACUGCUUUGCUGCUUCUGAGAGCAAAACUUAA